GCUCCUCCUUGCGGACCCGGCGGGCCCGACGCCAGGCGGUUGACCCGGGCAGGGUCUGGGGUUCUGCCGUGGGGGCGGGGAGGGCCUGAGACGCGGCACCCCUGGGUUUCGUGGCUUUGAGCCUCCAGGGCGGGCUGGAAGACCUGGGAGGCCUCAGACAAGCGUGCCAAGGGGCUAGCAGCCCGGGGUCGAGCUGGGACCGUGGCAAGUCGGGCCACCUGAGCACACCUUUCCUUUUUGUAGAGCACCGACCUCCCUGGGUGUUGGUAAAAAUCAAAAGUGGGAGGGUGUACGUAAAAUACCGAGAAUGCCUAACUUGAGCUCAUAAUCUACUCCCUCUGACCUGUCAGACUCAUUUUUCCCACUGGGCCCUACCCCAUCCCUCGUGUAGUUUGCGUAAGUUUCCUAGAUCUGGUGCACCUGGGGGCCCUUGGGGUGCCUUCCAAGUGUUCCCUGACCGAGCAAGCUGGCAGCUCAUCUCCCUUGAUCACAGGCAUGGAGAGCAACUAGGCCACGAUGGGGCCCCAUUGCCCCGGCCCUGUCCAUGUGAAGUCAGGGCCUCACUCUGCUGGGGCCCCCAUCCCAGGGCUAGCAUAGAUGGUCAGGGAUAGGUGCACUCACAGAAGGAGUCCUUCCCAGACCGGGAAAUUUCCAGUCCACUGCAUCUGCCAGCAGAAACAUGAAAGAUGCGUGCCACCUUGUCUUUGUCCUUCGUCAAGUAUAGACAACUCAUUCUUGGUAUGCAGGAAGGGGUUCCCCCCGCCAGCGCUGUGGAAACAGCCCCUGCCCUUAAGGCGUUCCCCAUCCCCUGACGAGAGAAAAUAUGUAUUCAAGUUACCCAUAAGGCAGGUUGUGCAGAACAAGGACAGAUGAGUGAAAGAGCUAAGAGCUGAGAGUAAAGUGACUAAAUCAUCAGGCACUUAACUUACAUUUAAGUAACGUCAGCUUUUGCAGGCCCAUACCAAGAAUCCCCUUUAAGUCAAUUUUUGUCUCAAUAAUAAUGAAUUCAACCUAAUCACACAGAUCUGAUCAUAAGACCCAUUACUGAAACAAAACUUGAAUGAUCUUAACUUUGAUAAAACCAUCUGAAUUUGACAAAGAUGGUCUAAGGUCCUAAGUUUUAAAACAUGGGGUCCCCCGCUGCUCUACCCCAGGACAGUGUUGAGUACUGAUUGCUUUUAGAAAAUGUUGCUGUUGCUGGGCACCGCACGGUGGCUCACGCCUGUAAUCCUAGCACUUCAGGAGGCCGAGGCGGGCAGAUUACUUGAGAUUGGGAGUUUGAGACCAGCCUGACCAACACGGAGAAACCCCAUCUUUACUAAAAAUACAAAAUUAGCCGGGCGUCAUGGCACAUGCCUGUAAUCCUAGCUACUCGGGAGGCUGAGGCAGGAGAAUCGCUUGAACCUAGGAGGUGGAGGUUGCAGUGAGCCAAGAUCGCGUCACUGCACUCCAGCCUGGGCAACAAGAGCUAAACUCCAUCUAAAAAAAAAAGAAAAUCAAAUAAAGAAAAUGCUGCUGUUUUCGUGAGCCAGAAAAUUAGAUGCACUUCCGUUCACAUUCCAUUGGCAAGAUCUAGUCUCAUGGCUCUCACCUAAUUGUAAGGUGGCUGGGAAAUGUAGCCUGGUGGUGUUCCCAGGAGGAAGAGAACAGAGAGACUGGCAUUCCUGGGUCCUUUCCUGCUCUUACAAUUCACUGAGGUCUCUGUGGCCUGCUGCAACAUCAUGGGGAAAUAGUACCGUUAAGACGCCAUUGUCAUCUCUCAGUACAAUCCAAGGUGGCAGCACACCCUGGCCCCCCAGGCAGUCCUGAGGAUGGCCAGCAGAGAAACAAGAAAAUGGACUCCCUGGCUGCUGGAGAGUUGAAUGCCAGCCACCAGCCAUGGGUACCAGAGUUUGUAGCCCAUUGGAGGAAAACACAUCAAGAUCACCUCUGCAGCCUGUACAGCUGGGCCUUUGGACUCCUGGAUACUAGAGAGACCUGGGCGCUGAGGAAGGGUCCCGAGCCAGUACCAGGAAAGGACAGACUCCUGCUUGCAGCAUUCCCAGCAGAGAUAUCGCCUGUGGACACCACGUCUGUGUCUGCAUAUGGCAGAGCUCCCACAUAUAUGCACAAGGGAGUGAAAAAAUGUGUUUGCACCCCAGUCUCUAAAAAUUCAACAGCCUGGUUACUUCUGGGUGGUAUAUUGCAGGUGACUUUAAUACGUGUUAUUUGCUCAUCUGUACUUCUUACUCUUUGUACAAUGAAACCAUGUUCCUUUUACUUAUGUACAUUUUUAAUAAAAGAAAGUUGUUAAUGACUCA